AUAUGAAAAACAUUACCGAGAACGGAAUUCGAGUGGGUGACUGUUCUGUCAUGAUUUAGCUUUAUUUUUUUUCUGCCUUAAUUGCUCUAGUUUGAAGCUGAAAUACAAUCUUUGUAUUAUCCUUUUCAUAUACCGCUGGAGACAAUUGGUCUUCACUAUGUCCGGGUUUUUGCGCUGCCUAUUUCUGUUUGCUGUAUUAUUAGCAAAUGAAGCUUUAGUAAUACCGAAAUCUGAUGGACCAUCCAAAAGAAUUCAUGAAAGUGUCUUGAGUGAUGAGAAACAUUAUCUUGAAGAAGAGCUCCACAAUGUUGAUUAUGAUCAUGAGGCAUUCCUGGGAGAAAAAGAUGCCAAAACAUUUGCAGAACUUUCACCCGAAGAAAGUAAAAGAAGACUUGGUAAAAUUGUUGAUAAAAUUGAUUCUGAUAAGGAUAAUUUUGUAUCUAUGCAAGAAUUAAAGGAUUGGAUACAGCAUACUCAAAAAAGAUACAUUAUUGAUGACUCUGAGCGUCAGUGGAAAGGUUUCAAUCCAAAUAAUGAACUUGAACUUUCAUGGCAAACAUAUAAGAAAAAUGCUUAUGGUUAUGCUGAUGAGAAUUUUGAUGGGGAUACUUAUGGGUACAAAGACAUGAUAGAACGAGACUUAAGAAGAUGGGAAAAAGCAGAUUCGGAUCGUAGUGGCUCCUUGACUAAAAAAGAAUUCAUUGAUUUUGUACAUCCUGAAGAAAGUGCUCAUAUGAAGGAUAUUGUUGUCAUAGAAACAAUGGAAGACAUUGAUAAAAAUAACGAUGGCAAAAUUUCUAUGGAAGAGUAUAUUGGUGAUAUGUAUAUUGAUGCUGAUAAUGACUUGGAAUCUGAGCCUAGUUGGGUACAGUCGGAAAGAGAACAAUUCAUCCAGUUUAGAGAUAAAGAUAAAAAUGGAUUCUUAGAAUUUCCAGAAGUAAGACAGUGGAUUCUUCCAGAUGAUUAUGAUAACAGUGAAGCCGAAGCUAAACAUCUCAUUUAUGAAUCUGAUGUUGAUAGAGACAAUCAAUUAAGCAAAGAAGAAAUUUUAAACAAAUUUGACUUAUUUGUUGGAAGCCAAGCUACUGACUUUGGUGAAGCUUUGGUAAGACAUGAUGAAUUUUAAAGGAUGUUCCAAAAUAAGAAGAUAAAAUCUAAACCAAAAUCUUUUUUCUGCAUGAGCUGCUUUUUUGUAUGGAACUUUUGUACUUAAAAAGUAUGAAUGUAACAGAAGAAAAACAUUUUUAAGUGUAAUUUACGCUGAGCAUUUUAUUUUUUGAUUCUUUGUUGUUUUACUAUUUUUAAUACUAAAUAAUUAUGGGAUAUUCCAUUUGUGAUGAAUCAAAACUUUUCUUUUAUAAUCCAUUUCAGUUGUAUUUUCCUAAUUAUACUAUAUUGUAAAAUUUCUAUUAAUGACUUAUUGAAAUAUAUCUUUGCAAAUUAUUAAUAGUUGUUAAUGGAACUCACUAUUAAGUGGUUCCUUCUUUGUAAGCAAUUAUUGUUUAUUUUUUUAUACUUGUACAGUACAAUAUCCUGCCCAU